GCAGGCAGUAGCUGCAGACCGAGAGACGGAUUGCGGAUCGAACUACGAUUCCCGGCAUGCACGGUGGUCCCGGCGCCUGCGCAAAGGGGGCCGUAGCCGGAGAGUGAGCGCGGCCGGUGGAGGUGGUGGAGGAGGAGGAGGCGGCGGCGGCUGGCGAACUGAAGAAUUGAGUAAAAGGAACUUUUUGAGGUGCACAAGCAGAGUAGCUUGUCUCAAGUAACCCUCUUUAUCUCGAAGAAUUCCCAGUCCACCUCUUUGCAGACUGCCACCAAGAGUUUAAUAUGGCCGUGGCCUUGAAACAAGUGUUUAAUAAGGAUAAGACUUUUCGUCCCAAGCGCAAGUUUGAGCCAGGUACACAGAGGUUCGAAUUGCACAAGAGGGCACAAGCAUCGCUGAAUGCUGGUCUGGAUCUGAAAGUGGCAGUUCAGCUUCCCUCAAACGAGGAUCUCAAUGACUGGGUAGCUGUCCACGUGGUGGAUUUCUUCAACCGUAUCAAUCUGAUUUAUGGAACUGUAUCGGAGUUCUGCACUGAUGCCACCUGCCCUGUCAUGUCCGGAGGACCUCGGUAUGAAUACAGGUGGCAAGAUGAAAAUAAGUACAGGAAGCCCACCGCCCUCUCAGCACCACAAUACAUGAGUCUGCUUAUGGACUGGAUUGAAACCCAAGUCAACAAUGAGAGCAUAUUCCCAACCAAUGUUGGAACCCCGUUCCCCAAGAACUUCCAGCAAGUUUGCAAGAAGAUCCUUUCUCGGCUUUUCCGUGUUUUUGUCCAUGUGUACAUCCACCACUUCGAUCGAAUUGGCUUCAUGGGAGCAGAGGCCCACGUUAAUACUUGUUACAAACAUUUUUACUACUUUGUUAAGGAAUUCAAUCUUAUAGACGACAAAGAAUUAGUACCCCUGAAGGAGAUGACCAUGAGAAUGUGCCAUUGAAAAGCAUCAACUCAUCGAUCACACAAGAAGCUGUACCAUCCACAUCAUUAUUGAAAUGGAUUAUCUGAGCAGAAAAGAAAUUUCGAAAGAAAAAUGUUGGUCCUAUUUCAAAUGAUCAUUGACGUUGAAACAUGAAAGGUUAAAACAACUGAUGGGGAAUUUUCUGUUGCUGUCGGCAACUGCAAUGAUUACAGAAAAUUCUAUUCACCACUGAAGCAUCUUCCUGGGAUAGUUAAUUGUUUCAUUACAAUAACACGAUUCUGCAGCUACAAUGGUGCAAACAACAAAGCAUUUUGAUGAUAAAUAUCCUGCUUGAUAUAAAAUCUGUGGAAAUUUUAUGCAUUUUAUUGUAUGUGAAGCGCUUCUGAAUGUUUCUGGUAAAUUUGAUAAAGCACCAUUCAACCACCAGAAAAACAGAAUAGUUCAUCUAUUAGGUUUACUUGCACGGUAACUAUAGCUAUACUACAGGGUUUGGCUGGUGCCAAAAACCUCUGUAAAAACAGAUUGCAACAUUCCUGUCAUAUUUAAUUCAUUCGUCUUUCUUUAACAGGAAUACCAGGCAUUCUUUUCAAAAUAUACUUCCUGUAAUGGUACAGUGCUCCAUAUGGCACAGUCUUUAGAAAAUAAAUUGUCCUGAACGGUACAUAGAAUAUUUGUUCCAAAGGAAAGAAAAGUUUUCAGACUUUUUUUAAAUAUUUAAAAAAGAACGAUAUACUUUUUUACUAUAUUUCUUUAAAAUCUUACUGUUAAUGAAUGAUACAGUAUAGUUUUGCAGUUCAAGGGGGACAUCUGUGGUAAAAGCAAGUUCUUAAAAUUUAUAUCAUAUUUUUCUUUGUUAUAUCAUGUGCUCUGAUAUCUGACUGUCUGAAAUUUGUUAUUUUUGCUUUUGAUUCUGUGAAAAUUUCUGCUUCAGAUUAAAGUAUAAUGUUAUUAAAACA